AUGACCUCGUUUAAAGCAGUUCAAGAAAUGGUGCUUUUCUGUUUAGAAGAGGAAAUUAUCGAUGACGAAGAAUUUGCGGUACUCUACGAGGAAUAUACGCCACAAAAUCUUCCAUUUCCUCACUGUCAAUAUGACACGUUUUCCCUGCUGAACAAGGAUCCUGCAGAGUGUAAAGCGGAUUUUCGAGUGGAAAAGGCAGAUAUUCCAUUGCUCAUUGAUGCUUUAAGAAUGCCUCCAGAAUUUGUUUGCGGGAAUGGCACAGUUUGCGAUGCAACAGAGGGCCUGUGUAUACUGCUAAAGCAGUUUGCAUAUCCAUGUCGUUACUCGGACAUGAUACCAAUUUUUGGUAGAUCAGUUCCAGAGUUAAGUAUCAUUAGUAAUGAAAUCACCGACUGGCUAUAUACCAACCAUGGCCACAGAGUUACUCACUGGAAUCAUGAUAUUUUGAGCCCGGCAAUGCUCGAUGUCUACGCCACAGCAAUUUACAAUAAAGGAGCCGCCCUUGAAAAUUGCUUCGGGUUUAUAGACGGAACAGUGCGCCCCAUCAGCCGACCUAUCAUAAACCAGAGAGCCGUGUAUAAUGGACACAAACGCGUUCAUGCACUUAAAUUCCAGUCUGUGGCACUUCCCAAUGGUUUAAUUGGUCAUCUUUAUGGUGCUGCGGGUAAGCAAAAUUCGUGUUACUACUAUUUUUUCCAGUUCUCAAACGUUUCGAUUCUUAUUUUUCUACAAUUUUGUUUUUAUAUUCAGAAGGAAGAAUGCACGAUGCUAGGAUGCUGGCCUUGUCAAAUCUCUACGAUGAACUGGAGAACUUUGCCUUUUUCCCGACCGGAGCAGAAAUGUGUCCUUAUGGCGAUCCUGCUUAUCCGCUAAGAGUUCAUCUCCAAGCACCAUUUUGCAUUGGAAUUUUGACAAGAGAUAUGCAGAUUUUUAAUGAUUCAAUGAGUGCAGUCCGUGUUUCUGUGGAAUGGUUAUUUGCUGAUAUCAUUAAUUAUUUCAAGUUCCUGGACUUCAAGAAGGACUUAAAGAUAGGACUAAGCCAGGUUGGCAAGAUGUACAUUGUUUGCGCACUACUUAGAAACGCCCUAACCUGCCUAUAUUCCAACUCUACAGCUGAAUACUUUGGCCUAGUACCCCCCACGUUGGAUCAGUAUUUCAGUUAG